CUUAGACUCUCUGCAGACUGUCAUUUCUCUCACUUCCAGAACACUCCGGACUCUCGGUUAAAGCUCAGUUAGAUUAUUGACUUUUGGCUGAAUCUCAAUCGACUGACUCUCAGAAAACUGUUCAGCAAACUUUCAGCAGACUCUCUGUAACCCUUCAACACCCUCUCAGGAUGGCGAACACAGCAGCAGAGCUGGCAAGGAGGAAGGCCCGGGAGGAGGACGGCAGUGGUUGUCGGGCCAACGCCGUCCCCUUCAACCAGCAGAAGUUUGAGCAGCUGCGCAGCGAGUGUCUGCAGAACGGUUCGCUGUUUUGUGACCCGACCUUCCCCGCAGACUGGGACUCUCUGGGAUACAACCAGCUGGGACGCUACUCCUCCAAAACCAUUGGUGUGGAGUGGAAACGACCCACGGAGCUGUGUUCUGACCCUCAGUUUAUCGCUGAUGGAGCGAAGAGGACAGACAUCUGUCAGGGAGCGCUGGGUGACUGCUGGCUGCUGGCUGCCAUCGCCUCUCUGACUCUGGACCCUCAGAUCCUGAGCAGAGUGGUUCCUCCCGGACAGAGCUUCAGCUCGCAGUACGCUGGCAUCUUCCACUUCCAGCUGUGGCAGUAUGGGGAGUGGGUGGAUGUGGUGGUUGACGACCGGCUGCCCACCAGAGACGGGAAGCUGCUGUUCGUUCACUCGGCAGAGGGCGGAGAGUUCUGGAGUGCGCUGCUGGAGAAAGCUUACGCCAAGGUGAACAGCUCAUACGAGGCUCUGACUGGAGGUUCGAGUAUCGAGGGUUUUGAGGAUUUCACCGGAGGAAUCUCAGAGAGCUACGACCUGAACAAAGCUCCGCCCUUCCUGUUUAACAUCAUGAGGAAGGCUCUGAAACUCGGCUCACUGCUCGGCUGCUCCAUCAACAUUUCCAGCUCAUAUGAGACAGAGGCCAUCACCCGUCAGAAGCUGGUCAAAGGUCACGCCUACUCCAUCACUGCUGCACGGCAGGUUCAUCACUUUGGUUCUGUGGUGGAGCUGCUGAGGAUCAGGAACCCCUGGGGUCAGGUGGAGUGGACCGGAGCCUGGAGUGACAAUUCGAAGGAGUGGGACGGAGUUGAGCCGGAGGAGAAGCAGCAGCUGGACCACUCUGCUGACGAUGGAGAGUUCUGGAUGUCCUACACUGAUUUCCUGCGUCAGUUUUCCCGCCUCGACAUCUGUAACCUGACACCGGACACGCUGACCAGCACCGACAUCGGACGCUGGAACUAUGCUGAGUUUGAGGGCAUGUGGAGAGUCGGCUCCACCGCUGGAGGCUGCAGGAACUACGCGGCCACGUUCUGCUCCAACCCUCAGUUCUUCAUCCGGUUGGAGGACGUGGACGACGACCCUCACGAUGGCGAGGACGGCUGCACCGUCCUCAUCGGUCUGAUGCAGAAAGACGGUCGCAGGGAGAGACGCUUCGGACGAGACCUCAACACCAUCGGAUUUGCAAUCUACGAGGUCUGA